ACAAUUCUUCCAUUCUUACCCUGGCGCGUUUUCUUCAACAGUUCACAGCCUCUGGCAAGCAACUCUCGACUACAAAUCCCAAGGAAAUUCUCCUCCGAAACAAGUUCUUCGCCGCUGAAGCUCCCAUUCGAACUUCCAUUACUAGCAACUCCCAUUCCUUUCUCAACCGGGAUCACGGCCGCCAGAUUCCACACAUCCUUCAAUGCUCUUGCCUUUAAUGUGGCGGCCCCACCAGCUGCCGUCAAGGUCAUAAUAUCUCCGGGCGACCGAACAUUAACGGCCGAGCUAACAACAGAAGCUAAGUGUUCCCGCUCGGCCCCCAUUACCUCAGCCGCCUCCACACACUGUGCCGCCACCAGAGUGGCGGCCGACGCCACCGCCAUGUCCGCCGCCUCGCCGGACGCGGCGGCAGUGGCGGCCGCAAUGGCGGCAACUGCCGACGCCACUCCAGCUACUGAUACAGUCGCGUGGAGUUGCGCAUUGUGGGCCCGCGCCUCUUCUUUCUUCUUCUCUCUCCUUUCCUUGAGCCAUCGCCCGACGGUUUUCCCACCGCCGUUGGCUGUGCCUGAAGAGGUCUUG